AUGAACAAUUAUCAGAAUUCUGUUCCUCAAUAUCAGCAAACGCAACAAGCAAAAGAAUUAAAGAAAUAUUCUUUUGCUCCAUCCGAACCAUUAUCACCAAUAACUUCUAAUGAUGAUAAUCAAGGUUGGAUUAAUGAACUAUUGGCUAAAUCCGCACCAAUCACUAACAGUAAUAGCUUUAAUGAUUUGAAUGACUUGCCACAACAAUAUUCAAACUUUGAUGUGGCUGAACUUUCUCAAACCAACUCAAAUUUAGAAAAAUAUUUCGAUAACGAUAGUGUUUUCAGUGGACCGGAAUUUUUUUCAAGUUCCGAAACUAGUCAGGCUACCAGUCCUCAUAUAAAGAUUGAAGCAAAUGAGGAGAAUUUCCUACCUGAUCUUUACUCCGUUAAUAAUAAACUAGAAACCUUACAAAAAUCAAGUGAUUAUACACCAAAGUCAUUAGAAUCGAUUUUUGAUACUAAAGAUAUUUUAAAAGAUGAAUCAAUUAAUAAGAAUAAUCGUCGUUCUAAACUGAUUUCUGAUGAAAAAUCAUCAAUUUCAAAACCAACUAAGAAGAGAAAUCCAAGAAAAAGAUUAACGGAUACUCAGAAACAAGCUCAUAAUAAAAUUGAAAAAAAAUAUAGAAUUAAUAUCAAUGCUAAAAUAGCCGGCUUACAACAAAUCAUUCCUUGGGUUGCUUCUGAAAAAACUGCUUUUGAAACCGGAAAAAUUGAUCCAAAGAAAGAUCCAGCAAACGCUGUUGUUAAUUGUAAUCGUUUGAAUAAAUCAAUGAUCUUAGAAAAAGCAACCGAUUACAUCUUAUAUCUUCAAAGUAAUGAACAAAGAAUCAUUCAAGAAAAUUUAAAUUUGAAAAAAGAAAUAUUAAGACUCGGUGGUAAUGCAGAUAUCUUUGAAUAA